GUGGCGGAACUGGGGGUGGCAGGGGAGCCACCGCCACCCCAUUCUAAAAAUAAAUAAAUUUUUUUAUAUACUGGAAAUUACAAAAAUAUCCUUCAAUAGUACUAAUAUUUCCUAUUCAGUCUCAUUUCCUCUUCCCGUUUCUCUUUCAUCUGAGAACAAGUGAGAAACGCGAUCCUUUUCUUCUCCCAACCAAAGCAAAUCGAUCCACCACCGCCGGUGAGCCGCGACCACUCUCCUCCUUCUCCAUCCAUCACUGCCGCCGCGAUUACUCUCCUCCUUCUUCAGUUUAGAGAGUUAUCUCCAUCUCUCUCCACAAACCCUAAUUGUUGUAACUUGUAAGUAUUAUUGAUGUAGGACUAAACUUUUUACAUCUUAAACUGCUCCAAAUUGAAAGCUAAUGGAGUGGAAUGGAUGAUGACUCAAGAAGAUAUGCAGUUAAAAUGCCAUAUAUUUGAUGGUUGUUUGAAAUUGUGAAUAUUUUUAUGUAAUGUUAGAUAAAUUGGAGCAAGAAGAUAGCUAUGUGGUUGUAGCUUAAUGUUGGAGAAGAGAAGAAGAGUUAUUUAUGAUAAAAUGAAACCUUAGAAAAGAACUUUGAGUUUGACAACUAGCUAGAGCAAGAGCCAUAGGAGAGAUCAUGGUUUAGUAUUCGGAGCUGUCUGUGCCUUACUGCCAGUUUAUUUUCUGCUGUUUUCAGUUUUUUACUGGUUUUUUGGUGCUACUGGUGUAGCAGAUCAGCGCUGCUUGCAGCUGUUUUUCUGUCUUUGGUGGUUGCUUUUCAAUGAUGCUUGGCUAGUUCAGGAGUGAGGUAGGGGUAUGCUUGCUCUAUGCUAGUAUAUACUUCGGCCUCAUUGUUUGAUGCCAUUGUUGGUUUUGGGUUUUCUCGGGGAAUUGGUGUUACGUAUUUAGGCGGCACCUCUUUGUAUUUUUUCCCGAUUUUUCCUCAAGUUUUUUUAAUAGCAGCCACCCCAAACUUUUUUGUCUGGCUCCGCCACUGCUGAUAAAGAUUUCUUCUUCCACGAUUGAACAAUGUAUCACAGAGCCAAAUCGAUUAACCAUAAUCUAUUAUCCCAUUAUCAUCACUCCACUAAAAACCAUGCAAAAACCUUAAUCCACACACACUCACAUCAACCUCAAAACCAAAAACCAAAACCAAACCAUCACAAACGCAAACACAUUCCCUUCAUAACCGAAAUCAAACAAAUCGAAACCUCAGAACAAGCUUUAUCUCUCUUUCACCAUUACAACCAACUCGGAUACAAACACUAUUACCCUUCUUACGCCGCAUUACUCUACAAACUCGCCCGUUCUAAAAACUUCCAUGCAGUAGAAACCAUCCUCACACAAAUGAAAAACACCGAUAUUCAAUGCAACGAAACGGUUUUCAUCGCGCUUUUUCAGCAUUAUGGACCAGUAAAAGCCGUUGAACUCUUUCGGGCAAUGCCGAAAUUCAACUGUGCACGUACAUUGCAGUCUUUUAACGCACUUCUGAAUAUUUUAGUUGAUCAUGGUAUGUUUUGUGAGGCUAAUGAUGCUUUUGAGAGGUGUUAUGAAAUGGGUUUUCGUCCGAAUACCGUUACUUUUAAUAUUAUGAUGAAGGGUUGGUUGAAAAAAGGUGAAUGGGAGAAUGCGUGUAAGGUGUUUGAUGAAAUGCUUGAGAGAAAAGUGCAGCCUAGUGUUGUUAGUUAUAAUAGUUUGAUUGGGUUUUUGUCGAGGAAGGGUGAUUUGGAUAAAGCGAUGAGGUUGGUUGAGGAUAUGAGACGGAAAGGGAAACGUGCGAAUGGGGUGACGUACGCGCUUUUGAUGGAGGGUUUGUGUAGUUUGGGAAAGUAUGAGGAAGCUAAGAAGUUGAUGUUUGAUAUGGCGUAUCGUGGGUGUAAACCUCAGCUUGUGAAUUUUUCUGUUUUGAUGAAUGAUCUUGGGAAGAGAGGGAAGAUUGAUGAGGCGAUGGUUUUGUUUCGGGAGAUGAGAAAGAGACGGCUUAAGCCGGAUGUUGUGACGUAUAACGUGUUUGUGAAUUAUCUUUGUAAGGAAGGGAAGACGGCGGAAGCUUAUAAGAUGUUGGUUGAGAUGCAGAUUAGUGGUUGUGAGCCGAAUGCGGCCACAUAUAGGAUGUUGCUUGAUGGUUUGUGUCGGAAUGGGGAUUUUGAGAGUGGGUUGAGUGUUUUGAAUUUGAUGUUUGCGAGUAGACAUUGCCCGCUAUCGGAUACGUUUAAUUGUUUGGUUGUUGGGUUAUUGAAGUCUGGGAAUAUUGAUGGUGGAUACUUUGUUUUGGAAGAGAUGGUGAAGAGAAAAGUAGAUUUUGAUUUGGAGAGCUGGGAAGCUGUGAUAAAGUAUGCUUGCAGUGAGGAUGAUAAGAGUGGCAGUAUGCUUACGAAUAUACUUACAUGUAUGUCCGUCUAAAGCAAUUGUCUACAUCUUUUGUGGUGAAUAUUUUGUUUGUUCCAUUCCGGGGGUAUCAUUUUGAAUUUCCCUUUUCCCUGAUUCUAAUACGACACUGAGAUGGUGGUUUUCCUGGCACAGAAGUUCCCGGUGGCAAUUAACGACUGAUUUCAUUUCAAGGUGAAGAGCAAAUUGUUUUCAGUGGGUUUAUAGAUGUUACUGUGAAAGAUGAGAUGAAAGUGAAGUCUCGGGAGAGGGAGUCCGCAAUUGCUGAUUUUUUUUCUCCCUGGUCUCUUGCCAUAAAGAUAUUCUGAUGAAAGUUGACUCACAGAUUGAAUUACGUGCCUCUAUUUUGGUUGAAGAAAUCGUUAAAGUUCUUAAAGAACAUGUACACCAUACACUAAUUUAAAUUUUAAAUUUUCAGCUCUUUGUAGAAUUGUAAUCUAGUAAUUUACCAAAUAAGAACAAUACUGGUGUAAACUUGUGUUGCAAUUUCAUAAUUAUUUUAAAGAAUGGAUUUUAUAAGAA